AUGCCCCUCUCUUCCUCACCCCUCAACCCCUCCAACCCCUCACCACACUCGUUCCAGCCUUCACAAGAAAACGCACCAGAAUCCUUCGACCCUAGUAAUAUAACUCUCGAUCUCGACAUGCCAGAAUUAGGUGGCCCAGCUGAGCAAGAUGUUGCCGCUUUGAAAGAGGCUUUCCAGCUUUUCGAUAGUGAUAAUGAUGGCGUGAUCACCAAGGAAGAGAUGUCCGCUGUUAUGAACUCUCUCGGACUCAACCCAACUAUGUCAGAGAUUGAAGACAUGAUCAACGAAGUGGAUCUUGACCAGACCGGCACUGUUGACCUGGAAGAAUUUAUCAAGAUGAUGAGCAUCAAGACCAAACCCGCCAAUGCUGAUGAUGAGAUGCGCAGCGCCUUCAACGUCUUCGACAAGGACGGCAGUGGUACUAUUUCUGUGGAUGAGCUCGGCCAGCUUAUGAAAACCUUCGGCGAGAAUCUUUCAGAUGAGGAUCUGAAGGUCAUGAUUCAGGAAGUUGACAAGAAUGGAGAUGGACAUAUCGAUUAUCAGGAAUUCGUCAAUUUCUUCUUGGAGAAGUGA